AUGGCGCCGCAAGACUGGAUCCUAUGGUCGUACGCGAGAUACUUGAAGAAGCUGUGUCCCAGGAACUUCAACUCUGCCAAAGAGGCGUACGCGAGGCUACAGCAGAUUAAGAUGAUCCUGGCCAACAAGGGGGCUGACUUCAUGGUGCCGUGCGGCAAAGCGAACGGGAAGGGCUGCGAGGUGCUGACACAUCUGAGCGGGUGGAACGACAUACUAGCUGCGAUUCAAGUACAGAUGAAAGAAAGGGUCGCCACCGGAGAGCUAGAACUUUCCUUUCCUAUAAAGAGUUUCGACCACCAGGAAACGAAGAAGCGGAUUCAACGCGCGGUAGUACUUCUGCACUGGCUAUUCGUCAAGCACGCCUGCGUGACGAAGAUCGAAUUGGACUGCUUGGGUCAGUUCAAUGACGUAGAGUGGUUCGCCCUUUUUUGCGACGGCAUCAGCGAGUGCCGGCGCCUGAAGACCUUGAAGAUGAACGCAGACAUCGGCAAAGCCGUCUGCUACCAACAGAUGCUGACUGCGUGCGGUUGCCUGCGGCACAUCGAGGAGCUGAGUUUUGAGCGCAUCUGCGCCGACAACCAAGCAGAAAACGUAGUCACCCUGGAGGCCGUGAUUAUGAGGAACACCAAGCUCAGGCGCUUUGAAGUCGGAGAGUUCGCCGCCAUGCCCCAAGGCCUGUCACCAAUUUUACGAGCGCUGGCACUUAGUCCUAAUAUAAGCCGUCUCUCGCUUGACGUCACACUCGUGAAAGCGGAGGACGCGAGCCUCUUCUUGCAGAUGUUGAACGGUAACAACGUGCUUAAGUCGUUGCGCCUAGAGGGUUCCGCCUCGCAGAAAUACCUGACCGUGAACAGCAUCGCAUCAGCGCUGGCGAACGCAAGGGCACUGGUAGAGUUGGAGCUGGUUGGCUUUCGUAUGCACACACACGAUGCGUGGGUUCUGGCAAUGUCAUUGGUCCGUAGCCAGACUGUGCAGCAUCUCGACCUCCUCUACUGCAUGCCAGUUUUUUCGUUUCCCACCAGCGAGUCGUGUGCAAAAACUAACGGCUCGCGGAGACGCAUCUCUAGCCGUAUUGAGCCUUACGUUCACAUUCUGCAAAAACUGCACUCGUUACGGACGCUUUCGCUCGACCUGCUUCGUUUCGCCCAAGAAGACCAGCGGGCAUUCUUCGAGGGGCUCGCUGCACAGCACUUCCUCCCCCACGUGUUCGUGACUCCACCAUAUAGAAGAUACCCCAGCGAGCUAGCCCGCAUUGCCCAGGAAGCAGGCACGGCCAGCCGGGUCCGCACGAGCGUCGUUAUGACGGACGAGGCAAACUUUGUUGACAUACCCAGGGGGUCUCCUGUCCACGAGGUCAUACUCGAAGCCUGCGCCGGCACUCAGAUCGACGAGAAACCGGCGCUCAUCAGAUGUUGCGCUGACCUGAGAACGCUCGAUCACGUGACGAAGUUGACUUUGGCCGUAACAGGAAGCAUUCAUCUCAGCUCAGCUGAACCGCUGGCGAUUUACCUGAAAACCACAAAGUCUCUCAAGGCAGUCACGCUGAGCUUCCGUGCGUGCAAGGGAUCAACUAUGCUUCUGCUAGAUGGCAUCGCACGAAACACUAGCAUCACGAGCCUAGGUGUGGAGAAGUGGUGCCUGAGCAGACGCACCGCGGUAUUGCUCGCGGACGUUGUCAGUUCUAGCAAGACGAUCCACACUCUCACCUACAAUCGGGAUAGCGCGGUUCCCGCAAAGGCGUUCUUUUCGCGUCUCUGCAAGUCGAUUGACAGCAACUUCACCAUCGUGUCGGUGGACACUUUCGAGCGCCGAAUUGACGCCAAGAACUGGGCGCUCAUCCAGAAAGCAGCGACGCGCAACGCCACCCUCCUGGAGCGGGCAGCGCGACUUGUUGCUGGCCUCUGCUCUGACAAGGCUGACGCCGAAGCUCUCGAGUUGGUGGCUUCAAGUCCUCUGCUGUUGCCGCGAGUGCAGGAACUGAUGUCCGUAUGCGAGUUGCAAGCCUCCAGGAGGAUGCGAGAGACAGUCAUCAAUCUGAAGGAGCUGGACGGCUUCAUGAGCAUCGCCGGCGUCGUCAGGGAGAGCGUCGUCUGCGAGGAGAACAGCGACGGUCGUCCCCGCCUGGACACAAUACCUCUGGACUGCUGGCUGGCCAUUCGCCGGUACCUGAGCGUCGCGGAUGUGGUGUACACCGGGCCCGAAAGGCGCUAGAAACUCUUGUUUUGCGUUUUAGAUAGUACGAAACAGAGGAGACGCAGUGUUGAGCGAAAAGUGAUUUUUCUCGUGAAAAGAAACUAAACGCACCAGGUGGUAUUGGUGCUCAUUUUUUUUUUUUUUCUAAAGGUGAAAAUACACCACAACUCUACUGCCUGAGGCAGAUUUCCCGAGAAAGUGAACAUAAUUCACACGAAAAAUUUAGCAAACGCGCUGCUAAUUUAGCAACGCUCUUGUUUUAUUCUGUAAAAAAAACUGAAGAAUUUGUGAAUAAAGAGUGUUUCAUAAUGAACUUGCAACUAAUCACAUUAAGGCACACCCUGCGACUCAGGAAUUGAUGCCGGUGAGUUCUCAUAGCCAUGUCCAUCCGGAACUUAUUUUGAGAGAACCACCUCUUUUGAGAUAAAGUUAUAAAGUUGCGGCAAAAUCCAGUGUUCCAUGUGCAUUAAAAAAAAACGCCUCAUCACCGCAGGACAAAUUCAUAUGGAACACUGGUGCGUUUUGUCACACAAUUUGGGAUUGCAGCCCCCCCCCCCCCCCCAUCUCGCAACUGAUUCCAGCUACUGAAUUCUUUCUAGGUGGAUAUUCCUUGCAAACUAAGCGGAUCCAAUUCGUAGGCUGCAACAUGUGCCCUAAAGUGAUUAGUUACAUUCUUAUUUAGCGAGAUUGGUGCACCAGCAUGAGGACUUCUCGUGCAAGAAAUACCAGCCCCUUCGAGCAAUCCAUCUCAAGUAGAAUUUUGAUCUUUGCGACAGGGUAUCUUAAAAAUGUUCGUACGGAUUAAAAAAAAAGAAGAACACGUGGUAUAUGCACUCCAGAAACAAUAUUCCCAGCUUUGUGCUUUGUGUAAGCGUCUUGUUUUUCUCCAUCGGCAAUGCGCACUCUCUUGUUCAGUAAACAAAAUCAUUUGAUUGUCAGCCCUGUGCAUCGUUGUUUCUUUAUUCCGUCUCGUCUGUGCUGUGUUCUUUAAAUGUGCAGAAUCGCCAAACCCUAACUUUUCUGCACCUCUAUUCUCACUAUGGGGCAUCAACACUAUCACCUCAUCUUUCGCAAGCCUCUCCUCGUGCCCUUGGUACCUUAUUUAUU